AUGACCGCGUCGUCCUUGUCGGAAGAAUUGAGGUUGAAAGAGGCCCGUAUGGAAAAUGCACGACGACUAAUGGUUGUUGGAAAAGACGAUUGGGAAGAAGUGGUAGAUCUUUGGACGGACGAUGCCAUCUACCAAGAGCCUUCCUUUACCAUACAAGGCAAAGAACGUCUAUCGUACUUUUUGAGCAAUCUAUUUCAAUUUGUCAAGGACGACUACAAGUUUGUCAUUGAGGACGAAGUGUAUCAAGGGGACACGAACACGUAUAUGUGUUAUUGGAGAAUGAGUGGAUCCUUUCAAAAGGAAUUUCUUUGGAACUUGAUCCAAUUUACAGAAACGUUUGACGCCAAAGGAAUGUCCAUUAUGAAAUUCCGCCCAGGGGAAACGCGGUGUUAUAGUCAUCAUGAUAUCUACACGGAAGGGGAUCUCUGGAGCAAAGUUAUCUUUAUUGGAGAUCUCGUUGAGUACCUGAGGAAUGAGUUCCGACAAACCGUAACUUUCAAAUAA